GCAGUUAGUUUCAAUGGAGGCAAAGACUGCACAAUCACACUGUUUCUAUAUGCUGUUGCUCUCGAAGAGUAUUACUGUCUGCAUUCAACUCAGCAAGUGAUGCCUAUUAAAUUACUUUAUGUAUCUGAAGAACAUUCGUUUCCAGAGAUUGAACAGUUUGUCAACACAUUUACUAAGAUAUUAAGGGCAGAUCUAACGAGAGUGGUAGGAGGAAUGAAGGUUGCUCUUAAAAAGUUUUUGGAUUUGAAUCAGCAAGUCAAGGCCAUAUUGAUGGGACAGAGAGCUACAGAUCCACACUCAGAUCAACUCAAAAAAUUUGAUGCUACGAAUAAUGGAUGGCCUUUUGUUAUGCGAGUACAUCCUAUUUUGGACUGGGAAUACGAAGAUGUAUGGGCUGCAAUAUUGGGAUUAAAAAUACCAUACUGUAGUUUAUACAGCCGUGGAUACACAUCUAUAGGAAAUGUAAAAGAUACGCUUCCCAACCCACUGUUGAAAAGUAGUGACAACCCGAAUGGAUACCUGCAUGCAAAGUAUCUUGAGGACAGCUCAAAAGAGCGAAGUGGAAGAAUAUCCAAAUAA